GAGAGAGAGAGAGGCCAUGCAUGCUCUCAUGGCGAACACCAACCACACCACAAAUAUGCUACGUGUCUUGCAAGCAAAACCAGCAUCUAAAGCCACUAGCAGCAGCAGCCACCACUGUAUUUCGCAGCUUUCCUGUCACAUACACAUGCUAAAUCCAUGCCCUCCACGGCCACCACCUCUAAGCAUGUAACGUACCGCGCGCAGCUGAACUCGGCCGAGCAAUUUCUGCUCUGAGUUUGUCAGGUCCGAGAGAUGGGAUCACUCAGUAUGGCUGAAAAAGCUCCCGGCGCUGCGUUGCCAGAGUCUUCAUGUGCAUACUUGCUUCAAGAACUCAAGAUGAUAUGGGAUGAAGUUGGGCAAGAGCAGAGCGAAAGGGAGAGAAUACUCGAAGAGCUCGAGCAGGAGUGCCAGGAAGUUUACCGAAGAAAAGUAAACAGUGCCAACAUGUCCAGGAUCCAGCUGCACCAAGCCUUAGCUGAAUCCGAGGCUGAAUUUACCAACCUGCUGCUAUCCCUCGGAGAAAGAUCGUUCCCGGCACGAGUAAACACCCUGAUCUCGCGGCCCGAGAAAAUGGCAGGCACCCUGAAGGAGCAGCUCAAUUCCAUCACGCCCGCCCUACAAGAAAUGCAGAUGAGAAAGGACGCCAGAGUAAAGCAGUUCGUGGAGGUUCAGACUGAAACACACAGAAUCGCUUCUGAAAUCGCUGGACGGUUAGCGGGUGGAGCUGUCGCUGUGAAUGAAGAGGACCUGUCGCUAAAGAAGCUCGAGGAGUUCCAAAGCGAAUUGCGAAGGCUGAAGAGAGAAAAGAGUGACCGCCUCUGCAAAGUGGAAGAAUACAAAGUUCUAAUUCACAAUUUUGCGAAAGUGAUGGGAAUGGAUCCUUCAGAGAUACUUGCUAGUGUUCACCCAAGGUUGCUAGAUGGACCAAAUGAGCAGCAGACGAAGAAUAUCAGUGAUGACAUCCUUAACAAGCUCAAUAUGACUGUUCAGCAGCUAAAACAAGAGAAGAGCAAUAGAAGGGAAAAGCUCCAAAACCUUGUAAAAGCAUUAACAAACUUAUGGAAUACUCUGGAUACUCAUAUGGAAGAGCGUCAACCUUAUGGGCAAAUUAAGGUACUCGCAAUGACUUCAGUAAACGGUAUGCUAGGUCCUGGAAGCCUCACACUUGAGACAAUUCAACAGGUUGAAACUGAAGUUCAGCGGCUGAGUCAGUUGAAGGCAAGCAAAAUGGAAGAGCUAUUCGUAAAGAAGAGAGCAGAAGUCGACGAAAUUUGCAAGAAAUCACACAUGGGCAUGCCUUAUCAAACAGAAAUGGACAAAAUAAUGAAUCUGAUAAUGUCAGGAGAUGUGGUCCAUGAUGAUCUAUUAAAGACAAUGGAUGAAUAUAUAUACAGAGCAAAAGAGGAGGCCACAAGCCGGAAAGACAUAAUGGAUAAGGUUGACAAAUGGAUGGCUUCAUGGGAUGAAGAACGAUGGCUAGAAGAAUACAGCAGGGAUGACCGAAGGUACUCAGUAAGCAGAGGAGCGCACAAGCACUUGAAAAGGGCAGAGCGUGCUCGAAUUAUAGUUAACAAAAUUCCAGGCUUGGUAGAACAGUUAAUGGUCAAGACACAAUUCUGGGAACAGGAGAGAAACAAGAUCUUCUACUAUGAUGAGCUCCCGCUUCUAGCAAUGCUGAAAGACUACAUGUUCACGCUCAAAGAAAAAGAAGAAGAGAAAUACAGGCAACGGGAGAAUAAAAAGAUACAGACUCUACUUGUAAAGAGGCAUGAGAAUUCAAUAAUGUUAAGGCCCAACACAAGCUUCAGCCGUCCAUCAAGCAGAGGCUUCAAUACGAGUCCUGGCUCCACAUCCAUCUGGAGCAGCCAAGUUUCUGCAAAAGUUCAGCUGCCUGACUCAGAGAACUCCCCAGCUGAAAAAGAUAUGCGUGCAAAAAUAAUUAGGAACAGAGGUACGCAGGGCAUUUUGGGAAAUAACAGAAGCUGUUCAAUCUCUCAUGAAGAUAAAGCAGAAGUCUCCACAGUGAAGCAAGGCAUUUCACCAAUUUAAUUUUUUCUCACUUUAAAUUUCUACAGAAAUUGUCUGCCUGACGUGAAGUUGCAACAGCCCCCUUAAGCUAUUAGAUAAGUGAAGAAAAGUAUGUUUGUAUGCAGCUUACACCAUAUUCAUAUAUAUAUAUUUAUUUAUGUAUGAUUCAUUAAAAUGUUAUUUCGGUGCCGAAGUA